UCUGUCAACCAUGACAACUGAGAGUAAAAUGUCCGACUUGAAACUGUGCGACUCCUGUACAUCUCCAAAUAGUGAAGCCUCAGCCCCAGGGGAGGACCUAUACACUGAUGAGGCCAGGGCGGCAAAUCUCCUGUCAGGUUUCUCCACCCUAUACAAGAACCAGCAGUUUGUUGACAUUACUCUGAAGGUAGAACAGACUUCCUUCCCCUGUCACAAGAAUGUUCUAGCUGUGUCCAGCCCGUACUUCCUGGUCAUGUUCUCCACCAGUCUGGCGGAGGGUCAGCAGGACUGUAUCACCCUGCAGGACAUGGAGCCCAGGACACUUCAGCUCAUCCUGGACUAUAUUUAUACUGGACAGGUCCACCUGACAGAAGACACUGUACAGCACCUGCUGUCCGCAGCCAAUCUGUUCCAGCUGAUCUCACUGCGUGACGGCUGCGCAGAGUUCAUGAUGAACCACGUCAACGUCAGUAACUGUAUUGGUGUGUAUUUCUUCGCUAAAGCCCACCAGUGUAAUGUGCUGGCCCUCAAGGCUAAGGAGAUCAUCAACAACAAGUUCCCCCUCCUAUGCAGGCAGCAAGAGUUCCUGUGUCUGCCCAUAGACAAGCUGGUUGAGAUAGUCAGUGAUGAUGACCUCAACGUCACAAUGGAGGAGAGCGUGUACGAGGCGUGUAUGGCCUGGGUCAACGAAGACCCAGACACCAGGAAAAAUAAUCUCGUAGAGGUGAUGAACUGUGUCCGUUUUGCCAAUAUCAGCUCCUACUAUUUCUGUGACAAUAUUGACACCAACCAACUGCUCAGAGAUAACGCUGAGCUAUGGGAGAUCCUGAAUACCACAAGAUGUUACCAUAUGUUAAAGAACCGCCAGCAGGAGAUGGACGUGAAGCUGAUGCCACGUAGAGGCAUGGUGUACGAGCGUGGUGUGAUGAUCAUAGCCAACCCGUACACCGAGGACGUACUGAAGAAGUACAACAGCAUGGAGAUGUUGCUGCCUAAGACAGGGGAGGUUAUCCACAUCUGUAAGCUGCCACAGAGCCUCUACACGCCUGGUGUGGCAUCUACAGGUGACAACCUGAUCUACCUGGCAGGCGGGGCCAUCAGGAAGAUCAACUACCGCGGCUCCAUCACCACAGAGGGCGUGUCCAACCACGUGUACGUCUUUGACCAGAGUGAGGCUUCGUGGCAGCCCAGGGCCAAGAUGCACAUGUCAAGGUCACAGUUUGCGCUGGUUAUUGUAGAUGGCUACAUCUAUGCUGUGGGAGGCCAGGACGGCAAUGAGAUCCUGAUGACCAUGGAGAGAUACGACCCCCACACCAACACCUGGACCAUGGUCCACUCCCUGCCCCGCCCCCUCAGGUUCAUGACGGGGGUCAGCUACAAGGGCAAGCUCUACGUCUUUGGUGGGGAGACCAAGACUGACGUCAGCAGCGGUGCCCUCAGGUAUGACCCACAAGAAGACAGCUGGACUGAACUCCCUCCAAUGAAGACUCCCAGGGUGCUGGCUGGCAGUGUUGUUUUUCGUGACAAGAUUUAUGUCAUAGGUGGGAACUCAGCACUGAGUGAGAAGUGGAAGAAAGAAUAUCUCCCUGAGCACUGCGUCACCUCUGUUGAGAUCUUUGACCCGUCCCAGGAGGUCUGGAGCGAGGGCCCACCAUUGGCUAAUGCUUUGUGUGGCGCAGGUGUGGUCAAGUAUGGUGAGACCAUCCUUGUGGUGGGAGGUGAGGAUGACAAGAGCUGGAUGGCUGGUAUCUGCUGGCUCAAGAAUGAAGGUCAGUCCCAGACCUGGGCCUGGUCAGAAGGUCAGGAGCUGCCCACGGUCAUGUCAACCUUUGGCUGCGUCGUGGCCAACAUUCCACACGAGGUCUUGAAGCAGGAGUGACAUGGGCCAUGAUUGUGUCCAUUAGGUCACUGAUUGAUUGUGAUUGUUUGACAAAUGAUUGUGUUCAGAGCUAUGAUUGUAUCCAUUAUAUGAAUGAUUGUGUCCAUUAGGUCAAUGAAUGAUUGUGAUCAUUUGACAAAUGAUUGUGUUCACAGGUAUGAUUGUUUACAUGAAUGGUUGUGUGAAUUAGACAAAGGAAUGUGUCCAUUAGCUAUUGAAUGUGUCCACUAGACCACAAAUUGUAGUCUUUGGGCCACAGAUUGUCCAUUAGGCCAAUGAUUGUCUCUAUUAAAUAUAUGAUUGUGAUCAUUUGACAAAUGAUUAUGUUCAGAGCUAUGAUUGUAUCCAUUAUAUGAAUGAUUGUGCCCAUUAGCUAUUGAAUGUGCCCAUUAGGCCAAUGAUUGUGCCCACUAUUUGUUGUCUUUGGGUAACAGGUUGUCCAUUAGACCACUGACUGUGUACUGUCUACUAUAACACAAAAAGUUUGGAACCAAGCACUACAUUGUUGCAUCUACUGUAUAGAAUCUACCAUGGUUGUGAAGUGAUCUGUUACAUUUAAUUUAUAUAUCUUUUUAUACAUAAUUGUAUCACAUAUUGUGCUACAUAAGGGCAUGAAUUGACAUACCAUAAAUUGCUAUACAAAGUUAAAUGUUUAUAUAUAUAUAUUAUAUUAACAUAAGACUUGCUGUUGCAAUAUUGACCAGUCUGUCCACCAUUCCUUGCCAUUUCCUGACAUAGUUUUUAUUGUCAACUUGAUGAUCACAGACUUACAUGAACACAUCAAUCACCAGUCUACAAUUAAUAUGAACGAGGCGACCCGCUGCGUAUCAUUUGCCGCUAUUUAGUUGUUUUAUUUUCUACUUUUCAGCAAUUCAUAAUUUGUGAAUUCGACAGUUCCAACGCUGCCACUGAAAAUAUUUGCUUUAAAACACUAUCAGUAGCUCGUUAAGCACGAUAAACCCCCCCUCCUUUCCCCUACCCCACCCCACCCCUGUGAAAGUAAACUCCUCUUAGUUACCUCCCCUAAGUUUUAAAUCGUUUCAAACUAAAUUAUCUGCCCCUAAUAGCCGUCACUAAACCCGUUUCUACGAUUGUAAACAUUUAGCGUAAACCACAGCUCACCAGACCAUGUGGGGGUGGUAGCGAGCGCGCUUACAGCUUGGUGUUUUCUAUUGUCUCCAAGAAGAGAAUUAUAUAUAUAUAUAGAUAUUUUGUAAAGUUAAAGUGGAGGUAGAGUUAUGCCCCAUGUCAGUUAUUUCCCCACCCCCC